AUGGCUGAGGAAGGAAAAGCGCCCAAGGUCGCCGAGGCGCAUCUUGUCGACACUUUCCAUCCUCCCGAGAAGAUGCUCGCCAAGCACCCCAGCAAACCCCACCUUGCCAGCUUUGAGGAAUACCAGGAGCUGUACCAGGAGUCCAUCACGAACCCCACCAAGUUCUGGGGUGAGCGAGCACGCGAGCUGCUCUCGUGGUAUCGCGACUUCGAGACCGUCACCAGCGGCACCUUGACCGAUGGCGACGUCAAGUGGUUUGUGGAGGGCCAGCUCAACGCCUCGUACAACCUCGUUGAUCGCCAUGCCUUCAAGAACCCGGAUCGUGUGGCCAUCAUCUACGAGGCCGACGAGCCUCAGCAUGGCCGAAACGUAACGUACGGCGAGCUGCUGCGCCAGGUUUCCAAAGCGGCUUGGGCUUUGAAGCAGAUGGGCGUCCGUAAAGGUGACACCGUCGCCAUCUACCUGCCCAUGAUUCCCGAGGCCGUCGUCGCCAUCCUCGCUUGCAUCCGUAUCGGCGCCGUCCAUUCCGUCGUCUUUGCCGGAUUCUCCGCCGACUCUUUGCGAGACCGUGUCCUUGAUGCUCGCUCGCGCGUCGUCAUCACUACCGACGAGGGCAAGCGUGGUGGCAAGCUCAUUGGCACCAAGAAAAUCGUCGAUGACGCUCUCAAGCAGUGCCCCGACGUCAGCAACGUCCUCGUCUUCAAGCGCACCGGCGCUGAUGUUCCCAUGCAGGCCGGCCGUGAUGUGUGGUGGCAUGAGGAGCUCGACAAGUGGCCCAGCUACAUUGCUCCCGAGGUCAUGAACUCGGAAGACCCGCUGUUCCUGCUUUACACCUCUGGCUCCACCGGCAAGCCCAAGGGCGUCAUGCACACCACCGCCGGCUACUUGCUCGGCGCUGCCCUGACCGGCAAGUACGUCUUCGACAUUCACGACGGGGACCGCUACUUUUGCGGGGGCGACGUCGGCUGGAUCACCGGCCACACCUACGUCGUGUAUGCCCCCCUGCUGCUGGGCGUCUCCACCGUCGUAUUCGAGGGCACACCGGCUUAUCCCAACUUCUCGCGAUACUGGGACAUUAUCGAGAAGCACAACGUCACCCAGUUCUACGUGGCCCCCACUGCGCUCAGACUGCUCAAGCGCGCUGGUGAUGAGCACGUCAAGGGCAACAUGAAGCAUCUGCGUGUACUCGGUUCCGUCGGUGAGCCUAUCGCGGCUGAAGUCUGGAAGUGGUAUUACGAAGUAGUCGGCAAGGAAGAGGCACACGUUGUCGACACGUACUGGCAAACCGAGACGGGCUCCAACGUUGUUACUCCUCUGGCUGGAGUCACGCCUACCAAGCCGGGUAGUGCUUCGUUCCCCUUCUUCGGCAUUGAGCCCGUCAUCAUCGAUCCUGUUUCCGGGGAAGAGAUUCACGGCAAUGACGUCGAGGGCGUCCUUGCGUUCAAGCAGCCUUGGCCCAGCAUGACCCGAACCGUGUACGGCGCUCACAAGCGAUACAUGGACACGUAUUUCAAUGUCUACAAGGGCUACUACUUCACCGGCGACGGUGCUGGUCGUGACCACGAGGGUUUCUACUGGAUUCGUGGCCGUGUCGACGACGUCGUCAACGUGUCGGGUCAUCGGCUGUCUACUGCCGAGAUUGAGGCAGCGCUGAUUGAGCACCACGCCGUGGCCGAAGCAGCCGUGGUCGGUGUCGCCGACGAGCUGACCGGCCAAGCCGUCAAUGCCUUUGUCGCUGUCAAGGACGGAAACGAGAUCAACGAUGCCCUGCGUAAAGAGUUCAUCAUGCAGGUCCGCAAGAGCAUCGGCCCGUUUGCCGCGCCCAAGGCCAUCCACGUCGUGCCAGAUCUGCCCAAGACCCGAAGCGGCAAGAUUAUGCGCAGGAUUUUGAGGAAGAUUCUUGCUGGGGAGGAAGACCAACUUGGCGAUAUCACUACUCUUUCGGACCCUACCAUUGUUGACAAGAUCAUCAUGGUCGUUCACGAUGAAAAGGCCAAGUGA